GCACCUGUUACCAAACAGCAUCCGUUUCUUCCAUGUCGAUCUGCAAUUUCUUUCAGCGUAUUACGCCAAAAGACAAGAGCGUAUUUGUCCCUAUUCCGUUUAAUGCAGAGGAAGAGGCCGCCAAUGAUGCCGUUGGAGAUGAAGAUAACGACCUACUUGCUCUACGGGCCAAACGAAGAAAGACGACAAGCCAGCACACGUACAGUGAGGAAGUGAGGGCAGCUAUUGGAAAGUAUACAGCCCACCACGGGCCUGCUGCAGCAGUCAGAGACUUCACUAGGCAACUGCGCUGGAACGUGCCUGAGUCAACAGUCCGCAAGUUCCGUGAUUUGUACAAGGUGGAACUGCAACGCCAUGAGUGUACUUGGCUGCCAAUUGCACAAUUUAAAACCGCACAAUAGAGUUGAAGGAGUGAUUUUGGACAAAAUGGCACAAUAUUAUGUACACACGAUUUUCUGGUUUUACGGUAUUUAGUCCUUUCCUGAGUGUGUAGAAACAGAUGAAAUGCAAUCAAUGCAAAAUCUAGCUUUUAAUUAAAGCAAAUUCUUUACAGCAAUGUUGGUGUGUAGUACAUACUGCUAAUGCUAACUAAAAGAGUAACGUCUUAUUUUAGUAGAUAGUGAAGCAACUAAACUCUUUGUCGCGUUGAAAGGGCAAACAAAUUUGAGAGUUUGUACACGUAGUGCACACUAAACGUUCAUACGUUUGAAAUUGCUUACAUAUUAUCUACCAACAAGUUUCUAGAAUUGAAAUACUUGUG